UAAGCUAAGUUUUUAUCGGACGAUUCUUGAAAAGCUAUUGAUUUUCUUCAAGUGAAGCUGAAGCAUCAACAUUCCGAUGCUAUGACCCACAUACAAAUACGAACUUGCCUUCUAAGAACAUCGUUUGUUUUAUAAGGAUGUCAUUUCAUUCCUCCUUUAUUGCUAUUGUUUCGGAAUAAUAGUUUUGUACUGGCUCGUUCCUAUUCAAGUAUAUGAUAGUUUUGCAUGACGUUCCUUCAUCUUGGGUAUGAAUUUAGUUUAGGGGCCACAAAACUUGGCUGUUAUAGGUCUCCAAAAUAUUACUUAUGCCGCAUGAUAGAACACGAAAUUAAUUUAGAAAGGUUUGCAAAAGAAUUAAAUAACUUACUUUCUGGUGGACACAUCGUUAGUAAUGUCAGGGGAUACAAAUAUUUACUUAUUUCAAAAUCGAUUAUUUAUAUAUACAAAUAUAUAACAGUACGAAACCUUCCUAUAGGCACAUGUACAGUUACCUUCACACUUGCCAAGUUUUUAGUUAUGAAUGUUUAUAAAUUUUAUGAUAUGACAUGAUUAUAUUCUCGUUCUUAAACAAAAUGCUUAAUAUGACAAAAAAUAAUAGUGUAUCACCGGAAUGACUUUUGUGUUAAAUAAACAGUUAUGUAGUUCUAGAUUUCAACCUUCCUUCAGUUUGUUGAAGGCAAGGUUUUCUAAACAAUCCAAACUAAACGAAUUGCUAUUAAACAUGCCGAGAGAUAACACCCAAACUCAGAUUCUUAAAAAGCAAAGAGUAAAAAUGAAAGAAAAAAGCAGUAAGUAUUCUCCAGGAAUAGUAAAUUUACAAAUUUUGGGCAGUGGUGCAAAAGGAGCUCCAACAGCUUUGUAUUUAUUUACUGAUCAAUCAAGGUAUUUAUUCAACUGUGGUGAAGGGUCUCAAAGACUUGCUCAUGAACAUAAAAUUAAACUUUCCAAAUUGGAGCACAUUUUUGUAACUUAUGGUUCUUGGAAAAAUAUUGGAGGUUUACCUGGAGUGGCACUUACUCUUCAAGAUGUUGGUGUUCCUCAGCUUGUUCUUCAUGGCCCCGAAAACAUUGAUUCCAUGUUUCCGGCUACUAGAAGAUUUGUUAUUUUGAAAAAUUUGUCAAUUAAAACAGCAAGUUGUACUCCUAAAGAUGUUUAUGAAGACAAUGCUAUAACUGUAAAUUAUAUCCCACUGACUGUAACAAAAAAUAGAAGACCUGUUUCUGCCACAGAACCUGAAGCAAUUGAUGAAAUGAAUGAUGAAGAUGAAAUUGAUUAUUAUGAACAUGAAAAAAAAUCGGAUAAGAAGAAAAGAAGGAGUUCAUCUGCAGAACCUGGUCCAAAAAAGUUAUCUGAAGAAGAUGUGGUGAUGUGUUAUGCUGUUAAGUUGCAGCCAAAACCUGGAGCUCUGUGCUUAGAGAAGUGUGUUGAGGCUGGAGUUCCUCCUGGUCCUCUCUUAGGGAAAUUAAAAGCUGGUGAAGAUGUUGUACUGAAUAAUGGAACUGUAGUGCGUUCGACUGAUGUUACUUUAGCCCAUGAUCCAGGUCCAUUAUUUUUAGAAUAUUUUUUUGCAGUUAUUGAAGUGCCAAAUGAGAAGUUUUUACCAUGCCUUGAAAGAAGUUUUAAUCAUUUUCAGUCACCUGAUAAAGAAGAAAAUAAUCCAUUUCUCAUUGUUCAUUUUACACCUCCAGAAAUAAUGUGUCACCCAAUUUACAAGAAAUGGAUGGAAGGAUUUAGUUUAACUACAUAUCAUCUUCUUGUGAACGAAGCAAACACAUGCCUUGGAAGUACUGCGGUUCACCGAGUGCAGUACAAAUUAAAUCUAAUUGAACCGUCCUUUUUCCCUCUGCUCAAAGAUCCUGGCUUUACACAGGAAUAUGAUAAACUUAAAGAAAAUAUUCCAAAUGGAAAUCCUAGAACAUUUGAUUUGUCCUCUGAGUUCUGCAUGGUAAAAGGCAACACCACAUCAAAAAUUUGGCUAAGACCAAAGAGACCGUGGGAUGUCCCCGAGUCUCUUCAAAUAGAUCCAGAAUGCUUUGAAGCUGAGGCUAAAGGUAUCAAUGGGUUCUCAAAUGAAGUAUCAAAACUUCAAAAGGAACUAGCACAAUUUCCACCUUCAGAUCAAGAAUAUCCUAACAUAGUAUUUUUGGGCACAGGCUCUUGCAUUCCAAACAAAACAAGGAAUACAUCAGCAAUUCUUCUGAGUAUAAGUGAUGACUGCAGAAUCAUGUUGGACUGUGGUGAAGGUACUGCUGGACAAGUUGUGCGCUAUUUUGGACCUGAAGGAGCUUCCAGAGUUUUUGCUAGUUUACGUGCAGUGUAUGUUUCUCAUCUCCACGCAGAUCAUCACAUUGGUUUAAUUGGAAUUUUGCAAAACAGACCUCAGGAUGCUCCACCACUUUUUCUCUUUGCUCCUAGCCAAAUUAUGACUUGGCUUAAAUUGUAUGAUGAAUAUUUUGAAAGUAUUCUACAAUCUUUCAUUUUAGUUCCUAAUACUGAUUUGUUUUUUACACAUUAUAAAUUAAGAAAGGAAUACAGAGAUAGUUUGAAAAGUGAAUUAAAUAUGGAAACUAUUCAGACGACAUAUGUAAGGCACUGUCCUAAUGCCUUUGGUGUUUGCUUAACUUCAAAUGAUGGUUGGAGACUUACUUAUUCAGGUGAUACCAUGCCUUCUGAUGAUCUUAUUGAAUUAGGUAUGGACAGCGAUGUGUUAAUUCAUGAAGCUACGAUGGAAGAUGACCUUGUACAUGAGGCAAGAGCAAAAAUGCAUUGCACAACAUCAGAAGCAAUAGAAGUUGGAAAAAAAAUGAAAGCUAAGCAUAUUAUUCUGACUCAUUUCAGCCAGCGUUAUGCGAAAUUGCCUAGGAUAGUUGGGGAUGACUUAGGCAACAAUGUUGGUGUUGCUUUUGAUAAUAUGAAGGUUCGGUUUUGUGACCUGCCAAAGUUGAAGCUACUAUAUCCUUCAUUAAAACUAGUUUUUCGUGAAGAAAUGGAAGAACUUGAAGAAAAAGCUUUUAAAAGAAAAUUAAAAGAAGAAAGAGCUAAAGCCAAAAGGUAGUUGUAUUUUAUUUUGUAUAAAUUAGAGACACUGUUUAUUUAUUUUUUAAUACCAUUGUUUAAGGUACUGACUCUAAUGUUUAUAAAAAUAAUACCUUUUUUAAUUACUGUUAAUGUACAUAUGUUAUGCAAACAUAUUUAUAUAAAUAUAUAUCUGUAUAAAUUGUAUAUUCUAUGUUAUAAUAUUUAAUUUUUCUUUUUUUACCUUUCCUUCAUUUCUAUUUAUUUAUUAGUUCAAUUAGUUGACAACAUUUUUAUUAUAGCCUUAAGUAUUCAUAUUUAGUUAAACGGUUGAAAAAGAUAAGGAUAAAGUUUUUCCCUGUUCUGCUACUUUUUUAAACCUAUUUAUUAGCUGUAUCCGUGACUUAAAUUGUUGAAUAAAGUGUUAGAGGGUCUGUAAAUAAGUUGUUUAAACUAAAAUACAAUUUUAUUUUAUUUAUAUGAUACACCUAUUUCUGUUGAGAUUAAUAAAAUAAAACAUUUAAAAGAGACAGCUGUGUUUGGGA